GCGGAAGCAGUGGUAAGUUAAUGAAUCUGGUUAUAUAAGCAGAGCAGCAAAGGGGGGACAUUUGGUUGAUUAAAAAAACCGUUUUAGCAUGGCAACAAGUGUCGUUCUUCUUGUUUCCUCAGUGUUGCUGAUUGUCAGAGCAACCCUGGGGGAAAUUGAUUGUGAGAAUAGUCCAUUCGUUCACUGUGAAGUUCCAAAGAGUUUCAAAGAACUUCUACAAGACAUUUCCGAAUUUAGAGUUCAUUGCUCGGAGACCAAAUCUUAUCUGAGGUGUGCAAAAGAGUACCAGGACAAAUGUGGAACCACUCGAAUUGAGUUAUUUCGCUCGGAAGAUCUGUUCGAAGCAACUUAUAAUGCUAUAUCUGAAGUUUGUGAAGAAGGAACGUUGCUUAACAUAGUUGCUAUUGAAAAUCUCAAGUGCUUCAACGAUACUUUUAGUAAAACUGAAUGCCGCAAAGAAGCCGCAGAGUUUUCCGAGCCUUUGAUAGAACGACUAAAUGAAGACCCAGAGUUUGAACAUCAAAAUACACUUGAUAUUUUCUGCCUCGAAGAAACCCUGAGUACCAGCUGUGUUCUGCGUGCCCUAUCUGAAAAUUGCGGAAAACUCGUCGAAGAAGCAACUCUUGAAUUCAUUCGCCUCUCAAAAAGCCUCGAAUAUGCCUGUUCUGUGGAAGGAACAAAGUCAGUUCUGGAGCAACUGGACAGUUUGGAUUUGAAUGAAGAGAAGAAAAAAUCCGUGAUUCAACUUUUGCAGAAACUUUUGGAAUAAAAUGAAGAGUAGAAGCCUUCUCUGUGAUUCCAAAAUGUAAUGCAUACAAUAUUUCUCAAAAUUUUAAUAAACGCAUACAAGAAA